CACGCGUAACGCAUCGCGCUUCAGCACAUCCAUCGACCUUAUUCCCCGCCCUCCAUACACUUGCACGAUGGCCAGACGAUACGAUAGCCGAACGACCAUCUUCUCACCGGAGGGUCGGCUAUACCAGAUCGAAUACGCCAUGGAGGCUAUCUCGCACGCUGGAACGGUCCUAGGCGUUCUCGCGAAAGAUGGUGUUGUACUAGCCGCGGAGAAGAAGGUGACGGGCAAGUUGCUUGAUAUGAGCGGAACGCAAGAAGGCGGGUAUGGCGGCAGUGGCGAGAAGAUUUUCCUGUUGAACUCCAACGUGAUCGGUGGUGUUGCAGGUUACUCCUCCGACGCGAACUCGCUGGUCAACUAUGCGCGGAACGCAGCCCAACGCCAUCUCUUCUCGUACAACGAAGACAUACCCGUCGAGAUGCUCGCGCAGCGGUUAUGUGACCUCAAGCAAGGGUACACGCAAUACGGUGGUCUCCGGCCCUUCGGUGUCUCCAUUCUCUACGCGGGCUACGACGCGCACUACCAGUUUCAGCUCUACCACUCCGAUCCGUCAGGGAACUACUCUGGCUGGAAGGCGACGUGCAUUGGCGCGAACAAUGGUACCGCCCAAAGUCUACUCAAGCAAGAAUACAAGGACGACAUCAGCGUGGAGGAGGCAGUUGGCAUCGUGCUCCGCGUUAUGAGCAAGACGAUGGAUAGCACAACACUGGGCAGCGAGAAGUUGGAGUUCGCGACUCUGACUCUCGAAGGAGACAAGCCUAAGGCGAAGAUCUACCGACCAACAGAGAUUGACGCUCUGCUAAAGAAGCAUGAUCUGGCCAAGAAAGAAGAUGACGUGGAGAUGAAGUCGUAAAUCAAGCUUCCGCGUGUUGUCUCUCGUUGUUGUACGUAUUGCAUGACGCAUAUAUCGGAUUCUACCAUGCAUUUGCGU